AUGGACGAGAUUGCCCCCGAAUACGACGUAGUGGUCCUGGGAACAGGUCUCACGGAAUGUGUACUUUCAGGAGUCCUUAGUGUCAAGGGCAAGAAGGUGCUCCACAUCGACCGCAACGACCACUACGGCGGUGAGGCAGCAUCGCUGAACAUCGAAGCACUCUUCAAGCGAUACGGCCAGACCGAGGGCGAGCCAUGGAAGAAGUACGGCCGCGUCAACGACUGGAACAUCGACCUCGUCCCCAAGCUGCUCAUGUCCAACGGUGAACUCACCAACAUUCUCGUUUCCACCGACGUCACCAAAUACCUCGAGUUCAAGCAGAUCGCCGGCAGCUACGUACAACAGGGCAACGGCGCCAAGGCAACCGUCGCAAAGGUCCCCUCAGAUGCCGGCGAGGCGCUGCGAUCACCUCUCAUGGGUCUCUUCGAGAAGCGUCGCGCGAGGAACUUCCUCGAGUGGGUUGGCGCUUACAACGCGGAUGACCCAGCGUCACACAAGGGCAUCGAUAUCCAGAACUGCACCAUGAAGGACGUAUACGACAAGUUCGGCCUUGAGGCUACCACUCGCGAUUUCAUCGGUCACUCCAUGGCCUUGUACCCCACCGACGACUACAUCACACAGAAGGGGCAAGCAAAUGAAGCCGUCCAGCGCAUCAGGCUCUACGUCAACUCCAUGGCACGCUACGGAAAAUCGCCUUACAUCUACCCGCUCUACGGUUUGGGAGAGCUUCCUCAGGGUUUCGCUCGUCUCUCCGCUAUCUACGGUGGUACCUACAUGCUGAACACCGACGUCGACGAGUUCCUCUACGAAGGCGACAAGGUUGUGGGUAUCAAGGCCACCAUGAAGGAGAAGGACGACGCUGGCGAGGGCAUGAAGUUUGAGACCAAGGCAGGAAAGAUCCUCGCCGACCCCUCAUACUUCCCCGGCAAGGCGCGUGUUACUGGACAUUUGCUCAAGGCCAUUUGCAUUCUGAACCACCCCAUCCCCAACACAGCCGAUGCCGACUCACUGCAACUGAUCAUUCCUCAGUCUCAGGUCGGACGCAAGCACGACAUCUACAUCGCUGUCGUCUCGUCUGCACACAACGUCUGCCCCAAGGGCUACUACAUCGCCAUUGUCUCCACCAUCGCUGAGGGCGACAGCAACCACCACCUUGAGCUCCAGCCCGGUCUUGACCGUCUCGGAAAGAUCGAGGAGAAGUUCAUGGGCCCAGCUAUCCCACUCUACGAGCCAAUUGAGAGCGGUGCCAAGGACAACAUCUUCAUGUCGAAGAGCUACGACGCCACCAGCCACUUUGAGACAACGACUGAUGACAUCAAGGACAUUUACCAGCGGGCCGAGGGCCACGAGCUGGUUGUCGAGGGUCUGAGAGAGGGCGCGAACUUCAAUGUUGAGGAAUAG